UCGGGUGUCGCUCGGAUAUCUGAAGUUCGAGCUGAUCCGUGGGAUUCUGCCUCUUCUCCCGAAGCUGUUCCAGUGAAAGUCGUGCUCCCUGAUUUGAGGACAACCUCGGAUCCGGGUCCUGGGACUGACGCUGUGCCGCGUGCCGUUCCUUCGGUUUCAUCUCCGGCUCGGAUAGAUAUCUCUUUAUCUAGGAACCGGGAUCAGCGCAAAAGGAAGAGCAGCACUCUUUUGAGGCCUUCUGCGCAUCCGAAGAAGGCGAAAGCUGAUCAGUCUUCGGAGAAGGAAGUGGUUUCGGAAGUCAUGCCUCCUCCCAAAAACCUCCUUCACUUCAUGCCCUUGCCCGGGCAGAAGUUGAAGAGUGUGGUGGUUGUGGAACCGCCUCCCGUGGACCAACCGCUGGCUGAGGAAGAUACCAUCCCUUCUCCGCUGAAGCCGUCUGCUGCUUUAGGGAUCGAGAUCCAGGAUAUAACCAAGGUGAUGGAGGCAAUUGAAGCCGACCUUGUUCCUGGCUCGGAUGUCCCUAUUGUGGCCGAGCAGAAGGAAGAAGCUGCUGACGUUUCUCUCGAAAGGGAGAAAAGUCCGGAUAAGGAGAUGGUGGAUCUCACCGAAGCUCACGUAGAGGUUCCCGAAGCUGAGAAGGAGGAACCCGAGCAGGGUCUGACGAGGAAGAGGCGUCAUUCGACCUUGGGCUCCACUUCGACCUCGGCCCUGGAUAGACUGAUCCACGCUGACCCUUGCUCGGAUGUUCCGCUGAAACGGAUCCCCGAGGAGGUAAGGGAGGCGAUGGCUCGCUAUGCCAGAGCUCCGGUUUUGGGGGAGAACCCCAUGGCUCACGUGGGAUCUUUGGUGGGUCCCGAAGCUGCACGGGAGAAUCUUCUUCGGGCCAACCCGCAGUGGAGGGUUCCUGGAGCUGAGGAGAGGAACCCAGCUAUGAUGGCCCAAUAUUAUCUGAAUGAGGCUGUUUUCUGGUCCUCGUUCGCUUCCGAGUGUAGCUCGGUUGAGGAAAGGCAGCUGAGGAGGUAUCAGGAGGCUUAUGCUCGUGAUAUCCCUGUCUUGGACCAGAAGGCUGGGCAGCUCAUGGCCGAGAUGGUGGACCUCAAGCAACUGUACCUUCAGUACAGUCGUGAGGCUAGGGAAGCGGCGGAACAGAUCGGGGCCGAAGUUGGGAAGCUCACUUUCCAAGUUGAAGAGGAUGCUGAAAAGAUAGCUUCCUUCGACAGGGAGAGGAGAGAAAUGGCUGCCAAGUUUGCGAGCGAACUUGAAGAAAAAGACAGUCUUCUCAAGGAGAUGACGUCUAAAUUUGAGGCGGCCAUUAAGCAGAGCCAGGAAGCGGAGGCGAGGCUUCAGCAGUUUAUCAAGCACCGGGAGAUUGUUCAGAAUCAAGCUGACAAGGUGCCCGUUCUCCAGCUGAAGAUCCGAGAGAAAGAUGCUGCCAUUCGGAAGUUGGAGCAAGAGAGAGUUGACCUCUACACUGCUGAUCAGUGUAGAGAGCAAUACUGGAAUGGCAUCCUGGGUGCUCGGCGGAUGUUCGCGAAGCAUAUGCCUCAUUUCCCUUGGAAUGAGAAGGUUCCGCUCUGGAUGAGGGCCCAGGAUCACUUGGUGGAGUGCCAGGCCGAUCGAGACGAAGCUGAAGCUGAACGCCAAGCUGCUCUUGCAGAGGCUCGGGCCCAGAAGGCGGCUUCCGAAGGUGAUACUACUGCUGGGGGUUCUUCGAAGGAUGCUCCUCUGGGGGAUGCUCCUGAGACUCCCAAGAGCUAGGGAUUCGGGCAGUCGUCUUCUUCAGAGUCGGUCGGUUCCAGUUGAGGACUUCCGAACAUGUGCUUGCCUUUCCCCCUUUUGCCUCGGCGCUGCGUUGUACUUAUUUCUUUUUUGUUUUCUUUAGUACUUCGGUAGGCCGGUAUUGUCUGUUGAUGGCUGCCGAUUUUAACUUGUUUCAUUUUGUUUUCAAUUUUUGAGGUUUUUCGAUGUAUUUGUACUUCCCCCAAAUAUUGAAUAAAAAAUGAAUGUUUGUUACUUGGCUGCUUCUUUUCAACUUGUUCUUUCGCAAUUUUUAGGUCUUUAAAUCCGUAGAUUUCUCGAGCUCCUCUUUCUGUAGACUUGCUAAAAACCUUUUGAUCUUGCGAGCUCUUUAAAUCCGUAGAUCUGUUAAGAGACUUUUUAACUUUUGCGAGUUCUUCAAAUCCGUAGAUCUGCUAAGAGGCUCUUUGACUUUGUGAGUUCUUCAAAUCCGUAGAUCUGCUAAGAGACUCUUUAGUUUUGCGAGUUCUUCAAAUCCGUAGAUCUGCUAAGAGACUCUUUAGUUUUGCGAGUUCUUCAAAUCCGUAGAUCUGCUAAGAGACUCUUUAGUUUUGC